GGACUGCGUCAUUUGUUCCAUUUUGAGUUCGGAGGGCGCGGGGGGGUCAGAUUUCCGGGAGAGACUCCGGGGAGCGGCUGUUGUCCCCGGGGCAUCUCGAGGAUGUCGGGGCCGAACGGGGAACCGAAUGUCACCGUAAGGCGAGAGGAGGAAGAGGAGGAGGAAGAGGAGGUGCCCGAGGAAGAAUAUGCUGCACUUAAUCUGAUGCUUGAUCAGAUCAACUCUUGCCUGGAUAACCUUGAGGAGAAGAAUGAUGUCCUAAAUGUGAAACUUCGUGAACUGUUGGAGUCAAAUAGGCAGGUGAGGAUGGAAUUCAGGCAGCAACAAAUAGAUGCAACAGCGCCAACAGAUUCCUAGGACCGCAAUGCUUGACUCUGAUCACCGUUUCUCUAUCAAGCUCGAAUAUCACAUGUCCUGAUUAAGAAUUUUAAGACUUGUUUGCCAGCUGUAAUCAUUGCUAGCAGCUUUAUUUUCCCUUAAAAUUGGCUAGUUUUCAUCAUUGUACUGAGAUUUUCACUUUUUAUUAACAUCUUUGUUGAUUUCGGCUGUGGAAUUUCUGUUCCUUCCUUCAAGAGGGAGUUCAUUUGUAACCGAUGCUGUGCUUCAAUUGUGAGUUGCUAUAAUGAGAUGAGAAAUCUUAUUUCAAUGGGAUUCAAAUAAUUAAAAAAGUUGUGUUUGGUCCCAUGGACCGCUGUAAGUCACCUGACUAAUCCUAAUGUUUAGAACCCACCAUCCCGUUUAUACUUUAUUAUUCCAGUGUCAGCCUUGGUUUAGUGGGUAGCACUCUUGCCUCUUGAGUCACAAAGUUGUAGCUUCAAGUUCCAUUCCAGGACUAGUGACAACAAUUCUAGGCUGACACUAGUGCAAUAUUAAGGGCGCCCUGCGCUAUCAGAGGUGCCAUCUUUCUGAUAAGAUGUUAAACAUCUACCAUCCACCCUCUCAGGUGGAAAUGAUGCUAAGGCACAAUUUCAAAGAGCAGGGCAGUGCUUCCUGGGGGCCUGGCCAAUAUUUAUCCUUCAAUCAGCAUCACAAAACCACUGCUGUUUGUGGGAGCUUGCUAUGUACAAAUUAGCAGCUGCAUUCUUCACAUUACAAGACCAGUGACUGAAUUUCAAAAGUAUUUAAAUUGACUAAAGUGCUCUGGGGCAUCCGAUAGUCAUGAAAGGCGCUGUAUAAAUGCAAAAUUUUCUCUUGACUUUGCAAAUAGAAUUAACCUCUGCCAACCAUUCCAUCCAUUCACCAUAAUCUAUGUAAAAAGUUAAACCUAAGCUGUCUUUUCACCCUCCCUCCUUUUCUAAGUGAGGGAUUAUGCCAUUGUAUGUAAUCGGUGCAUUAUUGUUUCUUAUCUGUAUGCUUCAAGGUCGUAACUAAUUAUCACUGGAGCCCUCUCUUGUGUAAACAUUUCCAGAUUCUGUGGCCUUUCCCCAUUAUUCAGGUACCCACUACCAGAGAGAGAAAUUUGGUCACCAGAACUGUACCUAGUAUUCUAGCUAGGGCCAGACUCAUGCUUAAUCUUUGAGAUUUAUUCAUUCUUCCUCUUAAUAGUUUUCUCACUUUACUGAAUGUUCCUGCCAUUCCUGUAACUGACGUUUAAAGCUAUAUUAUUCAAUGGGACUAUUGUGUAACAAAUUGUAAUUUGAAAAUCUGUCAAGCAAAUGGUUUGAAAAAAACACAUGCAUUAAUAACACCCAAGUCAUUCUGAAUUGAAGGACAUCUUGCACCAUGUUUUUGCUGUUUUACUUACCGUAGAUAUCAGCAUAUAAGUCGACCUUUGAAGACUCCGAAAAUAGUUCCACAAACGGGUGUCAACUUACACAUCGCGGAUAAAAUGUGAACUGCCUGUGUGGGUAGUUGCCAUUUUGAAAUGUGAAAAGAAAACAUAACACUGGUAAUUCAUAAUUAAUGUGGCACUGUUCAUUGAAUAAAUUAAUAGUACAAAGAUA